GCAAGUAAAAUGGGACAAGCAAUUCCCACUAAACAAAAAUCAAAGGUUUCAACUUUUUCAACCCCCGAAGUUAAAUGUUGAUUCAAUUCCCAUUAACGCCCACUUAAGUGUUUAACUCCAAUUCUCCCAAUAAAAUAUUGACCAGAAUCUCUCUCUCUCUCUCUCUCUCUUCCCUCCCUCCCUCCCCUAGCCCACCCAACUACAUUUUCUCUUUCUUAAAGUGUGUCUGUUACAUAGCUCUGUGACGCUGUGAGUGGUUGUGUUUCAUAGGCCUUUCUUUUGUGGCCUGUUCUGCGUCGGCUGGAAUCGUAUUCACCAACAUAUGUCAGUGACAGUGAGAACGGUUCUAUCAUACAUGGAAACCUCAAAGCUCUGCAAAUUCCAGAGCUUGAGUUUUGAGAACACGAUUGCUUGGAUUUCUUUCACCAAACCCAUAUCCGUGUUUUUCUAUAGGCUGAAUACUUAUUGCUUGGCUCUCACUAUUUGUGGGUCUUCUUUAAAUUAACAUCCUUUUUGUUCUUGCUUCAAGCUAUCGAAUCCUUCUUUAGUAAUUUAUUCAUUUUUUUAUUAUUGUAUUGCGGUUUUAUUUUCUUCUUCUUCUUCAUCAUCGGGAAGGUUGGAUUAGAGGUUUUGAUAGUUGGUGUUCUUUCUGAUGGGGAUGGGGAUGCUGGCCAUUCUCCAGCUGCUGAAACUCUGUGUCAUUGGCUGUGCUUUGGUUGUGCGAGGAUCUACAGACUCCAAUAUAUCCCCAUCUCCAGCAACUUUUUAUUUGUCUCCUCCAAUAGAAGGAACACCUGGUCCUGAUCAUCAUAGAAAGUCGUGGAGAAGCAGUGCGCCAAUCUCAUUGUCACAGCCGGAUGCCUUUAAUUAUCUUCUUUCAGACUCCAAUAUAUCCCCAUCUCCAGCAACUUUUUAUUCGUCUCCUCCAAUAGAAGGAACACCUGGUCCCGAUCAACAUAGAAAGUCGUGGAGAAGCAGUGCACCAAGCUCAAUGUCGCAGCCGAAUGGGUCAGAUUCUCAUGACCCUCCACCACCUCCUACAUCAGCCCCAGUGCCCCAAAUGAUCCAAUGGCUUGUACCAUCCUUGUCAACAAGUACUCCAACUGUAUCGCCAUCAUAUAGGACAGCUCCCCCACCUUUGAAUGUCCUAGGAAAUGUACCGUCCAUGCCACCUAGUGCUCCUAAGGGGAAGAUACCAGUUAUUAAGACUCCUGUCGCAAUGCCAGUUGCUGCUCCAGUAGCAACUCCUACACAGAAUCUCUCUCAUAAUUCACCAAGUUCUUCUCAAAGGAACACACCAGUUAAUAAGAUUCCUGCCUCAUUGCCAGUCACUGCUCCAGUUCCAGUAGCAGCUCCUUCACAGAAUUUGCCUCAGCAUGCGCCAAGUGCUCCUCAAAUUAAGACACCAGUUAAUAAGGCUCCUAUCUCAAAGCCAGUUGCUGCUUCAGUUCCAGUAGCAUCUCCUUCACAGAAUUUGCCAAGUGCUCCUCCAUGGAAGGCUCCAGUUGAGAAGAGUCCUGUCUCAAUGCCAGUCACAGCUCCAGUUCCUGUUGCAACUCCUUCAACGAAUUUGCCACGAAAUUCACCAAUCAGCCCACCAAGUAUGCCAGGAACACUUUCACCAAGCUCUCAUCAAAGAAAUGCAGUGGAUAAUAUGGCUCCCAUUCCAGAGCCAGUUACACCGGACCACCCAAGCGUCCCAGAAAUAUCACCAUUUCCAUUACCUGCACCAGCUAUAUCACCAAGUAGCGAAUUGCCAGAAAAUUCACCAACCAUCCAUCCUGUUAUGCCUGGCAAAUCCCCAUCCAUAUUACCAGACCCUGAUGCCUCACCUGCAUCAACUCCUCCUCAAAGCAUUGGUUGGCAGAGGGAUAGAGUUCCUGAGGCUGCACCCCCACAUGAAUUACCUACGCCAGUACCCAUUGUGGACCAUUCCUCUGCUCAAAGUCCUUCCCCCAUUGUAGCUCCUUCCACACACACAGAUAUGAGGCAUAAUAAUGCUCCUGCACCAUCUCUUUUAUCUCCUAAAGUUCCAUCACAUAAAGGGCAUCAUUCUCCCGCACCUUCACCUUCAACUUCAAUGUUUAAGCAUCAUCGUACAAGGAACAAAAACAGCAGCCCUGCUCCUGCAUCAUUAUAUCCGUUUUCUCCUCCCACUUCAAAACAGCAAGGUCCAGGGAUCUCUCCAGCAUUAGUUCCAGUAGCUGAACAAGCACACUAUGCCCCUCCUCCCUUAAAGCCAGGCUCUUCAGUUCCCCAAUCCCAAUAUCCCUUUCCUUCACCUAUGAGCAAUGUUUCACCUGCUCCUUCUCUGCCUCCAAAGGCUGCAUCUGGUCAUACGAAAGGUAAGGUUUCUUCCCCUAAUGUUUCUCCUGGGUCUUCGGCGAAGAGUCCAAAGAUACCACUCCUGCCUCCACUUCAAGCAUUCCCACCUCCACCUCCUAAUCUUGAUUGUUCAGCAACUAUUUGCACCGAACCCUAUACAAAUACUCCUCCUAAUGCACCCUGUGCCUGUGUCUUGCCCAUGCAAGUUGGAUUGCGCCUUAGUGUUGCUUUGUAUACCUUCUUCCCUUUGGUCUCAGAGCUGGCUAAAGAAAUUGCUACUGGGGUUUUUAUGAAACAAAGUCAAGUUCGCAUUAUUGGAGCCAAUGCUGCUAGUCAGCAACCAGAGAAGACUAUUGUUCUUAUUGACUUGGUGCCCCUGGGGGAUAAAUUUGAUAACCCCACAGCGUUGUUGACUUUUCAGAGAUUUUGGCAUAAACAAGUUGUUAUAAAAGCUUCCUACUUUGGUGACUAUGAAGUACUGUAUGUACGAUAUCCUGGUCUACCCCUAUCUCCACCUUCACCUACGGGCAUUACCAUAAUAGAUGGUGGUCCGUACCCUGGUCUUGACAAUAACGCAAGGGCAAAUAAACCCCUUGGGGUUGAUGUGCGGAAAAAUCGGCAUAAAGAUGGGCUUAAUGGUGGGAUAAUCGCUAUUAUUGCUCUCUCAGCUUCUGUUGCAGUAGUCCUAUGCUUUGCUGUUGCUUGGGUAUUGCUCUUCAAACAUAGAAACCAUGUUCCAGUGUCGACUCCACAGGCUAUGCCACCUUCCCUCAUCAAACCAUCAGGGCUUGGUGGCUCUUUGACCGGAAGUGGGCCCAGUUCUGUGUCAUUGUCAUUUGGAUCUAGCAUUGCACCUUAUACUGGAUCUGCUAAGACUUUCAGUACAAGUUACAUAGAGAAAGCCACUGACAAUUUAGAUGUUUCAAGAGUACUUGGGGAAGGUGGCUUUGGACGUGUUUAUAGUGGUGUUCUUGAAGAUGGAACCAAAGUGGCUGUCAAAGUUUUAAAGAGAGCAGAUCAGCAGGGUGGUCGGGAGUUCUUAGCUGAAGUUGAGAUGCUUAGCCGCCUUCAUCAUCGCAAUUUGGUCAAGUUGAUUGGUAUAUGUACUGAGGAGCGGACCCGCUGCUUGGUAUAUGAACUCAUUCCAAAUGGCAGUGUGGAAUCUCACUUGCAUGGAAUUGACAAGGAAACUGCUCCACUUAAUUGGGCUUCCCGGGUGAAGAUAGCACUUGGCGCCGCUCGUGGUCUAGCCUAUCUGCAUGAGGAUUCUAGCCCUCGUGUCAUACACAGGGACUUCAAGUCCAGCAAUAUCUUGUUGGAACAUGAUUUUACGCCAAAAGUGUCUGACUUUGGUUUGGCUCGAGCUGCCUUGGAUGAGGAAAACAGGCAUAUAUCAACACGUGUCAUGGGAACUUUUGGGUAUGUGGCUCCAGAGUAUGCAAUGACUGGGCAUCUUCUUGUGAAAAGUGAUGUUUACAGCUAUGGAGUUGUCCUUCUUGAGCUUUUGACUGGGAGAAAGCCAGUAGAUAUGUCACAACCACCUGGCCAAGAGAAUUUAGUUGCAUGGGCCCGCCCACUUCUCACUAGCAAAGAAGGGCUAGAGACAAUUAUAGAUACAUCUCUAGGAUCCGAUGUGUCCUUUGAUAGUAUUGCCAAAGUAGCAGCCAUUGCUUCCAUGUGUGUACAACCAGAGGUAUCACACCGUCCGUUCAUGGGUGAGGUGGUUCAGGCGUUAAAACUAGUAUGUAAUGAGUGUGAUGAUGCAAGAGCAGGUUCUAAAAGCUCCAGCCAUGAGGAUUUGUCAAUUGACAUGGACACUGGUGUCAGUACUGGCUCAGGACACAUACCAGAUCCUUUGCUAAGCCAAUACUCAGUUCCAAACUUCAAUUCCGGAAUUGAUACUGAGAGGGGACUGUCAGUAUCAGAUUUAUUUUCGUCAGCAAGAUUUGGGAGGCAGGAAUCUGGUUCAUUUAGGAGGUACUCUAGUUCAGGUCCUUUGAGAAUGGGAAGGGGCGGGCACUUCUGGGAGAAAAUUAGGAGAUUGUCUGGGGGCAGUGUGAGCGAACAUGGUGGGGCUACAUUCAGGUUAUGGCCAGGUUCACAUUGAUGUUGAAAUUCUCUUUUUAAAGGGUUGUCACUCUGCAAAUUUUGGAACUCAGAUUUUAUUUUAAAGCACAUCCAGGAGUUUGAUACCUCAUGCAGAAUAUCACAAGAAUGGCUUGCUAGGGCUUGGAACUGGGAUGUAAGCAAGUUAUGAAUGAACUUUCUGUACUACUUUUUGGCCAUAAAAAUGAACUUCUGGAGGCAAUUGCUUAUCUGGGAGGGUGUAAAUCUAUAAUUCAGAUUAGAGGUAAUAAGCUUUUUCAAA